CGCAAAUGCAAGUUCCCAUUAUCUGAUCUCACCCCUUGUGCGUGGCUGCCGGUGUGACUGAUUGACGACGGACGGACUGACCCUCAUCUCAUCUCAUCUCAUCUUACCUUACCUUACAUUGGGUACUGAGGACUCUCUGUCUGUCCCUUUCUCUCUCUUUCUCUGUUUCCCAAGGCAAAAGCCACACCUCCGAUUGAGGCCGCUUGACAGAAAUACCCAACAAGAGCAAGUGAAGUGACUCACCUCCUGUUUGUUGCCCUCGCUGUAGUUCAAUAUCUCGGCCUACCUAGGCUGCCAUCCUUGUCUACAAAAGCAAACAUCGUCCUUGACGAUAUAUCAAGCAUCAGUCAGGCAGGAGUCACCGCUUGUCUUUCUCUCUUCAUGUUCAUCGCCCGCCGGGCACCCAUCUUCUUCGCUUCUAGACCAUCUCUACUCCCUUUCUCAACCACAAAUACCCGCCUCUUCUCCGCAGCCAUGGCAACAGCAACAACAGCAGAGGCAGCGCCCUUGCCCAAGGCCCCCUAUGUUCCCCAGGACGUCGAAAAGGUCGCCAGCAUGGUGCGCGCGCUUGACGGCGCAAAGAAGCUCAGCAAGUCCAAGGCGGGCGGCUUCUCCUGCAAGAAGACGUCGUUCGACGUAAAGACGUCCCAGGACGGCGUCGUCGUCGACUCGUGGAAGAUGCAGGAGUGGGACUACAAGAAGAAAGACCUGCCCACCUACGCCCGCGGCCUCUUUACAACAAAGAACCGGGGCAACGAGCCCGAGAUCGUCGUGCGUGGCUACGACAAGUUCUUCAACGUCGGCGAGGUCCCCGAAACAAAGUGGGAGAACAUACUCACGCGCACGAGGGGGCCGUACGAGCUCACCCUCAAGGAGAACGGCUGCAUCAUCUUCGUCUCGGGCCUUGAGGACGGCACCCUGCUCGUCUGCAGCAAGCACUCGACCGGUGAGAGAGGCGACUCCGACAUCAGCCACGCCAUCGCUGGAGAGCGCAUGAUCGAGAAGCAGCUGGCCGCCCUGGGCAAGACCAAAGAGGACCUCGCCAGGGAGCUGCGCGACCGCAACGCCACCGCCGUCGCCGAGCUCUGUGACGACGCCUUCGAAGAGCACAUCCUCGAGUACGGUCCGGACAAGGCUGGCCUGUACAUCCACGGCAUCAACCUCAACCUCCCCGAGUUCGUCACCUACCCUAGCACCCUGGUUCAGUCCUUCGGCGACGCCUGGGGCUUCCGCCAGGUCGGCCUCAUCACCAUGCACGACGUCAACGAGGUCAAGGCCUUCCUCGAGCAGGUUGCCGAGACGGGCGCCUACGGCGACCGCGACGUCGAGGGUUUCGUCAUCCGCUGCAAGGAGAGCCACGACCCGGCCUCGGCCCCUUACCGCGACUGGUUCUUCAAGUACAAGUUCGAGGAGCCCUACCUCAUGUACCGCCAGUGGAGAGAGUGCACCAAGGCCAUGAUCACGGGCAAGCCACCGCGCUACAAGAAGCACAUCAAGAUCACCGAGGAGUACCUCCUCUACGCCCGCCGCCGCCUCCAGGCCGACAAGGACCUCGCCAAGCUCUACCAGCAGAACCACGGCAUCAUCGCCCUGCGCAACGACUUCCUCGCCUUCAAGAAUAUCAAGGGCGCCGACGCCGCCAACCUCGAGCUCUCGGACGUGUCCGCCGCCGCCACCGUCCGCCCCGAAGUCGCCCGGGACGUCAUCCUCGUGCCCAUCGCCACUAUCGGCUGCGGCAAGACCACCAUCGCCGUCGCCCUGCAGCACCUCUUCGGCUGGGGUCACGUCCAGAACGACAACAUCUCGGGCAAGGGCCGCCCGCCGCGAUUCACAAAGGCCGUUCUCGACCUGCUCCGCGACGUUCCUGUCGUCGUCGCUGACCGUAACAACGCCCAGAAGCACGAGCGCCGUCAGAUCCUCACCGACGUCAAGGUCCAGCACCAGACGGCCCGCCUCGUCGCCCUCUACUUCGCCCACGACGAUGGCAACCUUGACGAGGUCCGCCGCGUCACCCAGGAGCGCGUCCUCGCCCGCGGCGACAACCACCAGACCAUCCACGCCGCCACCGACGCCGAGAAGUUCCUCGGCGUCAUGGAGGGCUUCGUCACCCGAUUCGAACCCGUCGUUCCCUUCUCCCCGCCUGACGACGGCUUCGACAACAUUAUUCACCUCGACCCCACCGCCGGCAGCCGCGAGAACCUCGAAAAAGUCAUCGCCGGCCUUCACGCCAUGUACCCGAACCUCGUUCCCGAGGUACCCCCAGCCGAGCGCCUCGACGAGGCCAUCCGCUCCGCCUUUGACGAGUACAAGCCCGAGUUCAAGCACAACAUCCCCGACCGCGGCCCGCGCAAGGACAGGCCCGUGGGGGCCGCCGCCCACAACCAGCCGGGCGGCAAGCCCAAGAAGAAGAAGCCCCUCGAGUACAUGUCUGUCGACGUCCCCGCCAACGAGGUCCGCGGCGUGCUCGACGGCGCCUUCAACAAGGCUGGAAUGCCCACCUCGCGCUUCUACAAGCAGCUCUUCCAGACCCGCCGCGUUCAGCCAAAAUUCCACGUCACCCUGAUGCACCGUGCCAGCUCUAAAGAUAACUCGGAGUUGUGGUCCAAGUACCUAGCCAUCCACGCCGAGGCAGAAAAGGCGGCCGGCGGCAACCAGGAGGCCGCCAGCGCCCAAGCCCUGGGCGAGUGCGCUGUCGAGCUUGAGAGAGCUGUCUUCGAUGACCGUGUCAUGGCCAUCGUCGUGCGCCUCGUCGACCCCUCGGGUCAGUGGCAGUGCACCAACAAUGUCGCGCACAUCACCGUCGGCACACGUGACGAGUCGGUCAAGCCCAAGGAGAGCAACGAACUCCUCGCCCGCUGGCUCGACAAGGGGACCGGCGCAGACACGGGCAUCGAUGAGGUCGUCUUCGACACUAAGCCUGUCUUACAGGGGACUGUCCGAGGUGUCCUCUCGCGAUGAGUGAUAGAGAGAGAGAGCUGGCGAAGAGGUAUGGGGGCCAUCACGGGCUCAGCAGAUCGCAACAAUGUAGGCCGCCAAAAUCAGGUGCUUAAAGCAGAUAUAGAUAAAAAGGGGUCUUGGGUUGGUUGUAGUGCUUACGACGAGAUGAUGUGCGCAUAGCAUUACCGGAGGUUUGGCACUUCGGACUUUCCAGAUGAAAGGUUAUGUUUUGAGCAUUAGCCAGAUGUUGCCUCGGAAAUCCUUGCUGAGAUCAAUGUUCUUUUGAAUUCACCUCAAAACAUUCACUUUUCGAAUGUGGGACAGUAAACUCCUGGCACAAGACCUGAGCACAAAGUCUGACCUGAAGCUGUGUAUUGGCUUAGGGUACUUGCGUAACAUCGCCUACACGGAUGCCAGCGCAAUCGCAGUGAAACACAGUCACUUAAUCAGAACCACUCAGCAAAUAA